AUGGCGCAAAAAAAAGCAACUCAAAGCGAACCAGAAAAUUUAACCUCCCCCGAAAUUAAAAAAAUUAUCGAAAAUAUCACUAAGGAAUACGGCGAAGGAAUUAUUACUACCUUGGGAGAAAGUAAAUUUAAAGACCAACCUACUUUAUCCACCGGAAGUAUCAUUUUAGACCAUGAAACCGGAGGUGGGUAUCCCCUCGGAAGAAUUGUUGAAAUUUAUGGAGAAAAUUCCAGUGGAAAAACUACUUUAGCCCUGCAUGCGAAUAUUGGGGUAGAUAUCGAUGGAUUGUUGGUUCUUCGCCCGCGCCAUGGUGAGGAAGCUUUUAAAUUAGUAACUGAUUUUAUUCGGGGUGGUGCGGGUCUAAUUGUUAUCGACUCGAUAGCUCCCUUAAUACCGAUUGAAUUGUUAGGAAACUGGGAAAGGCCGCCUAUCGGCGCUCAUGCUAAAAUGUUAAACAACGGUUUAAGGCAAAUUAACCAUGAAAUGACUAACCGCGAAACAAUUAUAAUUUUUAUUAAUCAGAUUCGCUACAAAAUACCAACCGGCUUCACUUUUGGUAAUCCAGAAACUACCACUGGAGGAGCAUCUUUGCCUUAUUAUGCCAUUUUAAAAAGGAGAGCAAUCCCUUCUCAAAUUUCUUCCAAAGAUAAAAAAAAACCGACUGAUAUUGAAUUAAUGUUCGAAGGCGAAAAAAAACUAGGUCAAGGAAAAGAAAAUGUUACUGAAUAUCUGCUCGAAAACCCCGAACUUUAUCAAAAAAUUAAAGAAGAAGUGUUUGAAACCAUUAAUGCCGAUAAAUAA